GAACAAACUUGUUCUGCUCGUCAAUGAAAACGGAUCCCGGCACUGCUUAAGCGCCAAUUGUGGAGACGGAACGAAUAAUCGGGCAUGGCAUAGCAAAGAAACCAACACGGCAGCACCCUCGUGGCCCGAGUCUUUGUUGUUCCUGGGCCUGGGACCGAGUGGCGAGCAAUUCUCUGCAGUCACCAAGCACUAUGUCGAGGAUGGACAGCUCCUCCUCUUCCAGACGGCGGCCCUGGUCGCCAGAAAUCGAUAACCCCAACAGCAGCCAAGACGACGCCUCGCUAUACCUCCCGCACCAACCGAAAUCCCUCGCGGGCAUCGCAAUCCGCUCCUUCUGCCUCGGCAUCGCCCUGACUCUGGGGCUCGUCGCCACGCUUACCAUCUACUUCUACACAUCCUCCCCGCUAUGGCGCCUGCCCUUCUUCCUGGCCGCUCUGUCGCUCUUCCACUUCCUCGAGUUCUGGACCACGGCGGCCUACAACACGCGCGCCGCCGAGGUGUCGUCCUUCCUGCUGACGUCCAAUUGGCCGGCCUACGCCAUCGCCCACUCGUUCGCCACGCUCGAGUGCCUCCUCACCCACCUGCUCUGGCCCAACGCGCGAUGGGCGCCCUUCGGCCUGGGCCCCGCGCUGACGCUGGCGGGCUGGGCGCUGGUGGUGCUGGGCCAGGCGGUGCGCAGCGUGGCCAUGAUCCACGCGGGCCGGAGCUUCAACCAUCUCGUGCAGUACCGCCGGCAGUCCGGGCACGUGCUAGUCACGACGGGGAUCUACGGCGUGCUGAGGCACCCGAGCUACUUCGGCUUCUACUGGUGGGCGUUGGGGACGCAGAUGGUCAUGGGGAACGUGGUCAGCUUUGUCGGGUACGCGGUGGUACUGUGGCGCUUCUUCAGCAGUCGGAUUCAUUAUGAGGAGGAGCUCUUGGUGGCUUUCUUCGGGGACGAGUAUGUCAACUACCGGCGGCGGGUGAGGACUCUUAUCCCGUUCGUGCCUUGAGUUGACAGCUCCGGGCAGUCAUUCGACUCGGGGUAGGAGGCGGGGUCUACCUAUAGGAAAAGGGAAAGGGGUUGUACAAACUUUUGGUGAGAAAAUUCGCAUUAUACUCAAUGCUUCCUCACCGCUGUACGUUAUGAGAAGCAGUAUAUUAGCAGUCGGAAUUGACUGGGCUCUCAUGUACUG